UAUGCUAAAGGAACACGCUCGGCUCCACUGUCGACAUGCGAGAAAGUAUAGUACAAUGGUGUUCAUGCCGUCUGUGGACGCAAUGUUCGUAUAAACGGACUGAAGAGAAGUGACACGAAACAUCCUCCAACAAUGUUAUGCAAAACAGACCAGACCUUAAUAAUGACUGGUGAAAGAGAGCGAUUGAAGGAACUUUUGCGUACCCGUCUGAUAGAAUGUGGCUGGAGAGACCAGGUGCAGAUGCUAUGCCGUGAUGUAGUGAGAGAACAGGGUGUUCACAACCUGAAAGCAGAUGAUUUGAUUGCAGAGAUUACUUCAAAGGGCAGAGCUCUCGUGCCAGAUUCAGUGAAAAAGGAACUGCUGCAGAAGAUAAAAGCAUAUCUUGUUCAAGAUAUGUAAUGCCUUAUCAUUUAAAGAAUUUCCUCUGUACAUACAGCAUACUGUGAAUUUGACUUUCUUAAAAAACUAUUUUCAGUUCAUGUGGUGUUACAACUUGAACCACCAAGAAUACGUUCUGUUCAGUUAUUACUGUUACUUUUGUGGUAACUUGAUAUGGUAUAAUACAUAAAAUACUACAAAUAUAUUGGUAAUACAGUUUUAGAUUGUAGUUUUGUGAUGAUGCAUCUUAAUACACCCCCACCCACCCCAUUUUACAUUGUAAUUUUGUUUACCUUUAUAAAUGAUGAUAUAGUUAUUUCAUUGCAGUCUGUUGGGUCUGGAUUAUACGAUCCCACUUUCUAAAUAUUUCUGCUUUUGUCCCCUCUGGCAAAGUACCUGAAAAAAUUUGAAGGUUAUGUAUAAAUAAAAGAUGUGUUAACACAUACAA